CUGGCACGUUCCAGGCAGAGAUGCACCGCAUCUUCAGGCCUUAGCUGGAUAAGUUUAUGGUUGUUUACCUGGAUGAUAUCCUGGUAUUCAGCAAAACUACCAGGGAACAUGCGGAGCACCUGGAUCUCGUUCUUCAGUCGUUACGUGACAGCCAGUAUAAGAUCAACAAAGAGAAGUCCUCUUUUGGGCUUCCCUCUGUUAUCUAUCUGGGUCAUGUAAUCUCUGGAGAUGGUCUGGCUCCUGAAGCAGGCAAAAUUGCUGCUAUUCAGGAGUGGCCACAGCCUCAGACAGUGAGAGAUGUUCGGUCUUUCUUGGGUCUGGCCUCCUACUACAGGAAGUUCGUCAGGAACUUUUCUGCAGUGGCAGCAACCCUGACUAACCUUACAAAGAAAGACACUCCCUUUCUUUGGUCCCUUCACUGUCAGAUGGCCUUUGCACGACUCAAACAAGCCUUGACUCGUGCCCCUGUAUUGAAGUUACCUGACCCCACUUUGCCUUUUGACCUGACUACUGACGCCAGUCAGUAUGGCAUUGGGGCAAUGCUUCAACAGGAUGAUGGGAAUGGCCUACGGCCCGUGGAGUACAUGAGCAAGAAGAUCAAGACCCAAAAGCUUCAGGACUCCACCUACGAGAAAGAGCUGUAUGCUCUUGCCAGUGCCCUAAAGCAUUGGAAGCACUUUCUCCUGGGAAGACACUUCAAGAUCUUCUCAGAUCAUUCCACCCUGCAGUGGUUGAAGUCCCAGGGAAAGUUAAAUGACAAGCUGGCACGAUACAUUCAGUUCAUCGACAUGUUUGACUUUGAAAUGAAGCAUAAGAAGGGCUGCUACAAUAAGGUAGCUGAUGCCCUUUCUCGUAGGCCUGACUCUUUUGCAUUGAUCUCCUCUACUCAUUCCUUUGGAGAGGAGACCCGUCAGACCAUUGCUCACUUACUGCCUCAGGACCCGACUUAUGGACCCAUUGUCAGGAAUUUGCAAGCUGAUCCCAAUUCUGAACCUGGCUAUGCGAUGAGUUCAGAUCUGUUGUAUACCUACAGCAGAGGAGAGGAGCGCUUAUGCAUUCCUGAGGAUCAGCAGCUUAGGACACUGCUGAUGUCAGUGUGCCAUGAUGCGCGUGGACACUUUGGGUUCUUAAAGUCGUAUGCAGCCCUGUCGCAGCGCUUCUUCUGGAAGGAGAUGCGGAGUGAGAUGUUGCGCUAUGUGGAAACCAAUGAGCUAUGUCAGAGGAACAAGGUUCAGCGGAAACCUCCUCUAGGACUGCUCAAACCCUUACCCAUACGUGAUGACCCUGCCCAGUCUGUGUCCAUUGACUUUACAGACUUAGGCAAGACCACCCCUCGGGGCAUGCGCCAGGUCAUGGUCUGCGUUGACAGGUUCUCCAAAUACGCAGAGUUCAUCCCCUUACCAGAGGUGGCGAGGGUCCCGGUUGUGAGAGCAGCCUUUUCUCUGAGGUGGGUCACUCACCAUGGGCCGCCCACUUCCAUAGUCAGUGAUCGAGAUCCCCGAUUUUGCAGCGAAGAGUGGCAGUCCUACUGCAAGGACUAUCUGCACUCUCGCUUGGACAUGACUUCUGGUCGACAUCCUGAAGCCAAUGGUCAGGCUGAAGUGAUGAACCAAGUCCUGUUCCAACUAUUACGUCCUGUCAUCUCGCCAGAUCAGCAGAACUGGGAUCUCCAUCUGGCUCGUGCACAGCUUAUGUAUAAUAUGUCUGUCCAUUCCUCGACUGGGUUCAGUCCUUAUCGAUUACAUUGGGGACGUGAGCCACGUCAGCCUCUCGAUGAUAUCAUCGACAAGGCUAAGACAGAUCUGACACCAGGCACAACAGAGUUCAUUAAACGCUAUCGUCUUGAUGUGGAAAGAGCGCGAGCGAACUUGUUCAAAGCCCAAAAGGCCAUGAUUGAACAAGUUAACCGCCAUCGCAGACCUUCCCCCAUUCGCACUGGUGACUAUGUCUGGGUAGCCAGUUCAGAGUUGUCGAGGGAGGAGGAUAUUUCUCCCAAACUGUUGCCUAAGUACUUGGGUCCGUGGCAGGUGUUAGAUACAGUAGGGGCUGAUCCUUUUGGUCCGUCAUACACCAUUGAUGUCCCUCUGCAUCUACGUACCUAUCCGGUCUUCCAUGCAUCUAAGCUGCUUCCUUCACUCCAGCUGAUGCAUUCCCUGACCGGCCCCCUCAGUGGGGUCUUAAUCAAUCCCAAUGACCUUCCCUUGAGCUAAGCCUCUCCGAGUGGCCGACCCUUCAAGACCUAACCUUUGGUGAGUCAUGGGCCCGCUGCCAGGUUGCGCCGGUCAGCAGCCAACGCUGGGAGUUACGUCCCAACAAUGCUAAGUAUAGCCCCCUAGCUUGGCCUUACAAAUAUGUCCCUUAAACUGACUUCAUAGUGGUUAAGCAUUCUCAUUACCAAGAUCCCUCAGAAAUUUUCCAAGCAAAAUAAAGGAUAGUGCCUUCUCUCAAGGUUCCAACAAAAAGCAUAGACUUUC